GGAAAAUCUGCCAUUAUCAACAACAUGUUAAAACGUCUGCAAAAAGAAGGGGGAACAACUUACAAGAAUGGAACUAUUCUUGGCGAGAUCUUUAACUAUUCAGAGAAACACACCUCCAUCUUGGAUGACAUAAGUAGUCUGACUAGGUUCGGCGAGGAAGAAACCGAAAGUAAAUCACUGGAUGUUUUACUCGGCACAGCGAAACCAAAGAUUCAGACUGGCCUGUUGAGUACCACCAUACAGUUCAGCGCUCAGACAAGUUCAGCUCGACUUCAGGCUCAAAUAAUGCACAAGUUGAUCAAGAAGGGUAAAGAUGCAAUGGGUGCUCCUAAAGGCAGAAAGGUGGUUGUGUUUGUGGAUGAUUUGAAUAUGCCGGCACCAGAACAAUAUGGUGCCCAGCCGCCUUUAGAAUUAUUACGUCAAUAUCUAGAACUCGGUGGUUUCUACGAUACCAAGAAAUUACAAUGGAAGGAUAUAUUGGAUGUAACCUUGGUUACAGCUUGUGGUCCACCUGGUGGUGGAAGAAAUCCAACCAGUCCCAGAUUACUCAAACAUUUCUGUAUUUUUGCUCUGCCCCAGCCUUCAACUAGAUCAUUACAACAUAUAUACCAGGUUCAGCUCGGCAGAUUUUUACAAGAUGGCGAGUUUAUGCCCGAAGUACAAGAUUGUUUAUUUGCGAUGGUGUCGGCAAGUAUUGCGAUAUAUUAUAGGAUGGGAAGCAUCAUGUUGCCAACGCCAACCAAAUCACAUUAUACAUUUAAUAUCAGAGAUCUCUCUAAGGUUAUCCAAGGUUUAUUACAGGCGAAUGAUUCGGUGAUAGUCAGUAAAGAUAGUUGUGCCCAGUUAUUGGCUCAUGAAGCUACUCGAGUCUUCCAUGACCGUCUAGUUGAUACACAGGAUAGAAUGACUUUCUUUGAUGUCCUCUCAGAUAACCUUCACGAUUAUUUCAAGGUAAAAUGGACAGCCGAGAAGUUGAGGAAUGAACAGGUUUUAUUUGGAGAUUUUUUCGAGAUUGAUACGACCAAUAGAACAUAUCAACCACUUGCUGAUCGCAGUAAACUAGGCACAGUGCUAGAAGAUUAUUAUAUGAGACUGAACUUCGGUAAUUCUAAGUCGAGUCAGUUGGUAUUUUUUAAAGAUGCUGUAGAACAUAUUGUACGAGCUGCUCGAGUCUUUAGACAGCCAGGUGGACAUCUUUUACUGGUUGGAUUGGAUGGUACAGGCAAAUCUACUGUGGUUCAUCUGGCCAGCCAUAUAGCUCGCUGUGAACUCUUCCGUUUAUCCCUACAUAAACAUUACGGAACACUGGAAUUCCGAGAUGACUUGAAGAAGGUGUUCAGAAUCAGUGGUGUCAAAGGUCAAAAUACUGUCUUCUUAUUGGCCGAUUCCGACAUUGUGAAGGAAUCAUUGCUCGAGGAUAUCAACUGUAUCUUGAAUUCCGGGGAAGUUCCGGAUCUUUUUGAUAAUGAAGAAUUGGACGGAAUAACCAUGGAUUUAAAGAGUGCUGCUUCUGAAGCCGAUAUACCGGACACAAGAGUCGCUGUUUAUCAGUUCUUUAUACAAAGAGUUAGAAAAAACCUUCACGUUGUCCUAACAAUGAGUCCUGCAGGCGAUAAAUUCCGUCAGAGAUGUCGAAUGAAUCCUGCGCUCAUUAACUGCUGUACUAUAGACUGGUACGAUGAAUGGACGGAUGAGGCUAUGCUCAGUGUUGCUCAAGUUUUCUUUCAAAAUACCGAAUUUAUUACUGAUGAAAGAUAUGAUGUGGAGGUUAUAAAAGAGAGAGUAGCUAGAGCAUGUGUAGACAUACAUCGAAGUAUAUCAUCGACAUCCACA